AUGUCGCCGUUAGCAAACAGUUUGUACUCUAAGCGCACGCUUUGCUACUUAAUGCUUGGCUGGAUGUUGCUCGUAACGGUCGUGAGUGCGCAGGGUCAACGCGAUCAGUUCAUCAUACGCGUUGCCGAACUACCCAAUGACUUGCCCAACGAAGCGGACAGCACUGCAAGUAUGGGCGGUGGGUUCAAUUUCAAUUUAGGCGAUUUCUCAAGCAGUGCAGGUUUGGGUGGUUUGACGAUUGGCGAUGCGACGGCGCAACAGCUGCAGGCGCCCGAUGUGGUAGUGGAGGGUCUGAACUUGCUGCAGCGCAACAAUUUGGUGGCCGCAGCAGGCAAUGCGCAGGCGCCUGGACCACAACAACGCAUACGUCUGAAUAGCUAUUUGCGGCGACGUUGA